GACAGCCGUCUUCGCCACUAUCCUCAUUCCACACGUGCAGGGAUUCGCGCGCGUUUCUUAGCGUACCGCUCAUAAAAAUCAGGUUGAAAUGGGACGAGCUGGCGCAAAGCGGAGCAAGCAGGUCUCCGAUGAUUCGCCGACUUCCGGUUCGGCUACAAAGAAGCGCAAGACCGAUAAAAAGAAGAUCGCACCGAAGAAGGUCGAUCGCGAAGAGAGCAUGGAUCCCUACCUGAAGAGUCUUUGCGAGAGGUUCAAGAACCCGGAAGACUCUCUGCAGUUCCUGCUUCAGAACUCGAAAACAGCCAUCGACGACUUUUUCAAGAAUCAUUGGGGCAGCAAGCCGCUCCACAUCGAAGCACCUGAAGCCUCCGAGGAGUUGUCGAAAAUCUUCAGUCUCGAGGUGUUCGAGGAGAUCGUUUCCCGGAGCGAGAAGGGUGAUCUCAACCUUAUUGCAGACCGAGAUUUUACUUUCUCGAAAAUCGUCGAUGGAGACCGCCAAGACUUGGAAAUCGAAACAUUGACGAAAGAUCUUGUGAAAAACCACUACAAAGAAAAGUACGCGAUCCAGAUCAAUCAGCCACAGCGUUUCCAAGAUUGUCUCUGGUCAUUCAUUGAGAAACUCGAGUGUCAUUUGGGUUCUCUGGUGUCAUCUCAAGUGUUCCUCGUACCGGGAGAUACAAAAAAUCAACAGCGUCGUUACGAUGACACCGAAAAAUUCGUACUGCAACUGAGCGGUAGCAGCAGCUGGAAACUGCACGAGCUGAAAGGAGAAAUGGUGUGCGAAUUUGACGAUGCGCUCAAGGAAGAAAACGUCGGUGAUCAAAUCAUGGCCGCAAAUCUCAAAGCCGGAGAUGUGCUCUACUUCCCGAAAACCACGAUUUUCGAGUCCGAGGGCGUGACGGAUGGAGCACACAUCGUUUUCAGCACGUUCCAAGGCAUGCAUCGGGCCAAUCUUCUACUUCAGACAAUCAUCGCGACAAUCGAGGAGCAGGUUCCGGUCUGCGAGGAACUUCGCAAAGGUCUUCCGUUCCACUACCUCCCAAGAGCGAAUUCAAUCUCGAAUGCGGAUUACGCCGAUACCCUGGUCAAGUUGGCGGAAAGCGUGCGAAGCCGUUCGAAGCCCCUGCCACCCGCAGACGGAAUGAUCCAGGAAUUCAUGACUAACCGUCUGCCGCCCUACGGCCAGCCAAAAUUCGAGCUGGAAUCGGGGAGCAUCACGUCCUCCUCAAAAAUCUCCUUCAGGAACAAGGAGCACAUAACUUGGUUCGUGAGAAAGGCUGAAGAUGCCGAAAUGGAUGAGGGCGAUGGUGUCGACGAGGAGAAUGUGGCGGAAAGCCAAGAUCUGACCUCCCGAAGCGAAUUAGUCGUCAUGAGCUCGAUGAACAAUGAUAGAAGCCGUCACAUGAUGAUCGAUGCCACCUUCAUGGGAUCCGAGGACGACAGCGGCGCUUUCACGAUCUCCCUUGAAUACGAGGAGCUGUUGGAGAAGCUUUACAAGUCCGAGGAGCCGAUUACGGUCGAGGAUCUGCUGAAAGACGUCAAAAACGGCGAUGCUCUCAACGCGAUGACGCUUGUCCGCGGUCUUUUCAGCAUCGGCGCUAUCAGUGGAGGCGACUAACUCUGCUGCGGAAGUGUCUUGCGGAUAGAGAGGCCGUGGAUGUUUUAUAAGAAUCUCGCUUUUGAGCGAUCUCAACGCGGCUGUUAGGAUAUCAAAUAAUUUGCUUUGAUACAGCCGAUCAUUUUCUGCUACUAAUUGGUCUGACCGGAGAGGUAUUCAUGCGAAACUACCGAGGCUGGCAAUUAUCAUCAUAUUGAAUAAAACGAUUUCCCC